AUCACUCUCUUGGGGCGCCAAAAACUUGGUGAAACCGAAUCGAUUAUCUGGUGAAAAUGCUGAAUUUGGGUCCCGGCGUAUCCGUACCAGCAGCUGGCACAGCAUCCAGCUCAGCCGUUCGACGCCUCCAAAAAGACUACGCAAAACUGAUGCAAGAUCCUGUUGAUGGAAUUAAAGCACUUCCAAAUGAGGAUAAUAUUCUUGAAUGGCAUUAUUGCCUUCGUGGAUCACCGGAUACACCAUUCUAUGGUGGUUAUUAUUGGGGAAAAGUGAUUUUUAAGGAGAAUUUCCCGUGGAGUCCACCUGCUAUCACGAUGAUUACACCGAAUGGAAGAUUCCAAACAAAUACCCGCCUAUGCCUAUCAAUUUCUGAUUAUCAUCCGGAAUCAUGGAAUCCCGGAUGGACUGUAUCUGCAAUUCUAAUAGGACUUCAUUCAUUUAUGAACGAAAAUUCGCCGGCUGCCGGAUCAAUUGCCGGAACUCCACAGGAUCAGAGGAUGUAUGCGGCGGCGAGCAAAGAGUUUAAUGUUAAGUACCGCGAAUUCCGUCGAUUCUUUCCACAAUUCGUCAAAGAUUGGACCGGAGUACUGCCGACACCGAAUGAGCCAAAUAUUGCUCCAACAAUGCUCCCAGAGCAUGCUGCUCCAACUGGAGGAGCACCAAAUGCUGCUCCAAAUGCUCCAAUUGUACGUGGAUUCGGUUUCGACAACAAUCUCCCGGCACGUUUCCAACAAGUACUGGGUCGUCCGAUUCCGAUCGGCGGCGGCGGUGCUCCAGCUCCACCACCACCACCACCAGCAGCAGCAGAAGCCGCAGAAGUAGGUGCUCCAGGAGCUCCACAAGUUCUUCUCGAACGUCCGGGUGUUCGUUUAAUGCAGGGCCCACCGAGAUUCGGCCGUCUGGGAGGGGGAGCUGCUCGCCGAGCAGCUCGAGCUCAGGCUCCGCUCUACCAAGAGCAGCCAAACUACCGGGAUCUCGUGGAGCUGGCGGCUGAGCAGGCUCGGCAGGCUGCUGCGGCUCCGCCACCGCAGCUGGUUCCGAUGCUCAGAGAUCCGAUUCCAAUCCGAUUCCACCGUCGCGAUGAGCUUCUGGAUAGAUUUGGAAUGGAUUUGGGGGUGGCUCACCGGCAGGAGUUGCCCAAUGAGCGAAUUGAGCUAGCUGAAGCUCGAGAUCAGCUCGCCGAGCAGCAACGACGUGCUCUUGAAGCUCAGAGAGAUCAACUUGCUCGUCAUAAUGCUCUAGCUGAUGAUCUUCGAGCUCGUCGAGAACGUAUUGUACAAGAAGCUCGAGCUCAUGCUCGCCGAGCUGAUGCUCGAGAUGCUCGUUUGGAAGCCGCCGCCGCCGCUGAUCGUCGAGAACGUUUUCUACAAGAAGCACAAGAAGCUGAUGCUCGCCGAGCUGCUGAUGGUGAUGCUCGAGCUGAGCUCGGCGAGCAGCUACGUGCUCUUGAAGCGGCCGUCGCUGGCCUUCCAGAAGCUCAAGCACCACAACUUCGUGAUCGACGUGCUCGAUUUGUUGCUCGCCUUCGUGCUCGCCGAGCUGCUGAUGCUCAAGCUGGUGCUCUCGCCAAUGAGCAACGUGCUCUUGAAGCUCGUUUAGAAGGCGAUUUCGCUGAUCUUCGAGCAGCUGAAGGACGUCUUCUACAUCCACCACCACCACAGAACUACUACGGUGCAUGAAGCCUGCCUGCCUGCCUGCCUGCCUACUCUAACAUAAAGCCAUUGCCUGAAGCCUAUUUCUUCCUAAUUCUCUCACCACGAUUUUGUGUAUUGUUCUCUAAUCCCGAAGUCGUCGUAAUUCCACCGAAACGAGCCCGCCGCGGAAAUUAAUUUUUUUCUCCUUUUUUUCAACAAUUUUCCCCCAAAAAGUGUACAUAUUGAUGCACAAAAUUCCCCAUUUUCCCCCAUUUUCGUCUCGGUUUUUCUCUAUUUUUAUUGGGAUUUUUCACUUUUUUUUAAUCAAAAUCAAUUUUCCCCCGAAAAUCGGCUUUUCUCCGGUUUUUUUUUUCCAAAAAUCGAUACUUUAUUGAUUUUUUCCCUAAAAAUCGACUUUUUUUCCUAUUUUUUCUCCCGAAAAUCAAUGAAUUAUCAAUUUUUACGAGAAAAUCGGUAUUUUUCCGUAAAAAUCGAUUUUUCUUCAAAAAGUCGAUAUUUUCUAUCAAUUUUCCCCCUAAGCAUCAACGAUUUAUCGAUUUUUUCAGUGAAAAAGUGAUAUU